AACAAUAAAGAGUUCAAGUGUGAACGGCAUAAUUGAUGUAUUUUAAAUCCUCAAAAUUUACGAGUAGUUAUAAAAAAGAAUAAUGCCACAUUUAGUGCAAAAAUAGACUGAUUAAGCAAAUUGAAGAAAAAAAAUCAAUAAAUGCAUUAGUACGAAUUUUAUUUGGAAAAUUUAAGAUGCUCUCCCUGUCUUUCAAGUAGUUCUUGAAAAUUUGAAGCAUUUUCCCCCCCUGAAAAUUCGAAGCAUUCGAAUCACUCACCUCUUUCAUCGAUUCCUGAAAAUGAGGACGACGAGUUCAAGCAACCGAUUCAAAGUCUACGAGUUCAAUGAAGGCGACGAGCAAAUUGAAAAGGAAUCAGCGAAGUUAUUCAAGAAAUUCGGAAACCCUAAAUCCGAUGAUUCCGCACUCACGAAAUACGAUUUCCUUCAAUGCUUUGCACGAGAAUUAAAGACAGGACAGAAGGACUCUAGCAAUGAACCAUUAGUCAUGGAAACUUGCAAUGGUGCUUUCAAAAAGUGGACAUCUGAUAAUGGGCCUUUUCGUAUAAAUCCAAGCAAUGACGACUGCAUUGAAUUGAGUUCUUCAUCAACUUCUGUCAGUGAUACUGCAGAAAAUGAAGAUCCGUCAGAUGAGCAAGUUCUGGAGGAUGGUUUUGGUGGAAAUAAUAUUUUGCAGGAUACCGUUCUUGUUUCCCCUGAUCAUAUUCUUUAUGGAGAUCUGAAUUGCACAGAGUGUCUGUUAAGUUUUUCCUGCUGUGGCAUUAAACUUGAGGGUUCAACUUUAUGUGGAAUCAAGGAACAUUUUAGCUUUGAAUGGGCUAUUGAUGAUCUCAUUAAAAUUGAGUCACAUUGGUGCGGACAGGUUGAAACUGAUAAUGUGAACCUUCAUCUAAAGUCGAAGGAUGCAAAAGUCGCAGAAAAUUCUGAUGGAACUUCAGGAACUGCGGUAUUGAAUUUUGCAGUCCCGCACUGGUCCAACAUACAGGAAGAGAUCAAUUCAUUGAAUAUGAGAUACAAAGCCAUAUGGAAUGUUAUUUUUGACAUUGAUACCACAAGGAGUGAGGAUGUUUGCUUGGAGCCGAGAAGCAUAUUCUCUCGAAAGCAUCAUUUGUCUAAUUUUGGUGAGUCUUUCGAAGAGGUUAUCUAUCCAAAAGGGGAUCCUGAUGCAGUUUCCAUAUGUAAGAGGGACAUUGAGCUAUUGCAGCCGGCAACCUUCAUCAACGACACAAUCAUUGACUUUUAUAUUCAAUAUUUAAAGAACAAAAUCAAACCUGAGGAAAAGCAUAGGUUUCAUUUUUUUAGUAGUUUUUUCUUUCGGAAGCUGGCUGAUCCAGAAGAUCCAUCUAGAGCUUGUGAAGUCAGGGAAGCUUUUCAACGUGUUUGCAAGUGGACGAGGAAAGUGAAUCUUUUUCAAAAGGAUUACAUUUUUAUCCCAGUAAACUUCAGUCUCCAUUGGAGUUUGAUUGUAAUCUGUCAUCCUGGGGAAGUGGCUGAUUUUGAAGGUGAAGAAAUUGGAAAGUCAUCCAAGGUACCAUGCAUUUUGCACAUGGAUUCUAUGAAAGGAAGCCACAGAGGCCUCAAGAAUCUUAUUCAAAGUUAUCUAUGGGAAGAGUGGAAAGAGAGGCAAAGGGAAUCAGUUGAAGAUGUUUCCUUAAAAUUCUUGAAUUUACAGUUUGUCUCUCUUGAGCUACCGCAGCAGGAGAACUGUUUUGAUUGUGGCCUCUUCUUGCUGCAUUAUGUGGAACUUUUUCUGGAGCAAGCUCCUGUUGACUUCAGACUUUUUAGCAAUAAGAAGUUUUCACAUUUUCUUAGUAAGGAUUGGUUCCCACCUGCAGAGGUUUCUAUGAAACGUGAUCAUAUCAGGAAAUUAAUAUAUGAAAUAGUUGAAGAUAAUUCUCUGAGAGUUCCUCAAGCUGCUUGCAAUGACGAUUAUCCUUCUAUGUUGCAAGAUGUAAAUGGGAGGGACACUGGCGUAGAGUUUCUUGGGGAAAUAUCCAAUUCAGCAGAAAAAUCUCAUGGCAGUUUGGAAAUUACUCCAUUAUCAGCUUCCCCUCUGAGAGGUCUACAAUGUUUUAGAGAAUCGAGAUUAGUUUUCGAGGAUUUGUUAAAUCCAGGAGCUACUGCAGGAUUACUCACUGAUGGAAGUUUUCAGCCUUUUGGGCAGAUAGUAUCACAUAGUCGGUUUAAGACUGUCAUUUCACCAAUAGAGGAAGGUGAGGAGACCGUGGAGCGAUUUUCUUAUUCACCAACAGAAGCAGCUGGCCGGCAUGCGGAUGAAACUACUGUACCUUCCACCUCAUAUUCUGCCAAAACUGUUGAAGCACUGCAAAUUUCUAUGCAUCUCGAGGAAGAUGAGGAAGAGCCGGUUUCAUCAGAAGUAGGAGUUAGUGAAAUUCACCGGUAUGAAGAACUUCUGGGUUCAAGUCCUCAGGAAGAGAUAAUUCUGAAUCGUCUUCCAUGUUAAGUGCGAGACUUGCAGUUUGUAUAGUUGAGGAUUCUGAAGACGCGAACGUGGUAGAUAUUGUCAGUGAGAGUGAAGAUUCUCCUUCCUGUGAAGGAAAAAGUCUCAGCUCAUCCAAUCAAAAAGCUGAUCUUAAAGUAAAUAAUACGUUAGCAAUGUCAGAAGAUAGUGAAAUUCACCGGUAUGAAGAACUUCUGGGUUCAAGUCAUGAGGAAGAAGAUAAUUCUGAAUCGUCUUCCAUGUUAAGUGCAAGACUUGCGGUUUGUAUAGUUGAGGAUUCUGAAGAUGCGAACGUGGUAGAUAUUGUCAGUGAGAGUGAAGAUUCUCCUUUCUGUGAAGGAAAAAGUCUCGGCCCACCUAAUCAAAAAGCUGAUCUUAAAGUAAAUAAUACAUUAGCAAUGUCAGAAGAUAGUGAAAUUCCCUGGUAUGAAGAACUUCUGGGUUCAAGUCCUCAGGAAGAAGAUAAUUCUGAAUCGUCUUCCAUGUUAAGUGCGAGACUUGCGGUUUGUAUAGUUGAGGAUUCUGAAGACGCGAACGUGGUAGAUAUUGUCAGUGAGAGUGAAGAUUCUCCUUCCCGUGAAGGAAAAAGUCUCAGCCCAUCCAAUAAAAAAGCUGAUCUUAAAGUAAAUAAUACGUCAGCAAUGUCAGAAUCAGAACUGAAGGCUUCAAAAAAACCAAGGCUUAUGCCGCCUGAAAUUGGAAGACGACUUACAAGAAAGCUGGCCAGGAAGUUGCUUAGAUGAAGUUUUUUUUGGUAAAUAGUGUUAGGAGAACUGUGUUUAACAAAAGUUUGAAAGGUUUGUAUAGGGGGUAGAGGCUGGCUAUGUAAAACCCCGAGUCACUGUCCCAAACAAAUCAGAAUAGGGCUUUUCGGUGGGUGCAGUGCAAGAGACUCGUCUUCGUAUCUUUUUAACAGUUUUCCUGUGUCCUGUACCCCAUCUACCAAAUGAGUUUUUUUGCUAUAUAUCAUAUAAUUAAAUUUUAGGAGUUUGCUUGUUA